AUGGCGUUUAGCACUUACAGCACCGCCAGUUCAGAUAUAUCAACGCCUCGCUCUGCUUCUCCUUCCUCAUCCAUCAUCUCAGCGCGUUCAUCCCAAACCUCCGUCUCCAGUAAACGUCUCUCCUUAUCCCUACAACGGAGACAAUCUGCCCUGAACCCAAUGUCCUCUGUCGAUAUAUCCGCAAUCGAAGAACAGAUGAAGAUGGCCGCCUUAGACGGUCUACGAGGCUACGCCCAAAACCACUACGGCGAGGUUCAGCAGUAUAGGUCGACGGACUACGUUCCGCAAUCUUCCGCCGGUGGUUACCAAGUAUUGCGAGAACCUCUGUGGAACAAAGGUCUCUCCUUCACCCCGGAUGACCGCGUCUCUAAGAACCUGACGGGGUUACUCCCCCACGCCAUGGAGAGCGCGGACACGCAGGUUGCUCGGUGCAUGAAGGUGAUCAACUCUAGACAGACCAACAUCGACAAGUACAUGUACCUGUCGUCGCUCAAGGACCAGAACGUAGAUUUGUUCUACCGUGUGCUCAUCGACAAUGUCCGUGACCUGAUGCCCCUAGUCUACACCCCCACCAUCGGCGACGUGUGUCUGCAGUACUCCACGCUCUACACGCGCCCCGAGGCAUUGUACAUCUCCAUCAAGCAGCGCCGGUCCAUCAAGACCAUCCUGCGCAACUGGCCCUACCCGAAUCCCGAAAUCUGCGUCGUCACGGACGGAUCCCGUAUUCUGGGCUUGGGCGAUCUCGGCGUCAAUGGUGUGGGGAUUUCCAUUGGCAAGCUCGCUCUCUACACCGGUGCAGCUGGUAUCCACCCCAGCAAGACCCUGCCCAUCGUCUUGGACUCCGGCACCAACAAUGAGACCAACCUCAAGGACCCCCUGUACCUGGGUCUGCGGGCCAGGCGCCCUUCCCCGGCCGUCGCCCAGGAGUUCAUGGACGAGUUCAUGGAGGCCGUCACUGAGGUGUACCCCAACAUGGUGGUGCAGUUCGAGGACUUCGAGACGGAGAAGGCGUUUAACUACCUCACCCGUUACCGGAACAAGUACAGGUGCUUCAACGACGACAUCCAGGGAACUGGUGCCGUCGUCUUGGCAGGGUACAUCGGUGCCGUGAACCUAUCCGGUGUUCCGCUCGAAGAGCAGCGUCUCGUCUUCAUGGGCGCUGGCUCCGCUGGCGUCGGUGUCGCAAAGCAGAUGGUAGAGUACUACACGCGACGCGGGCUCUCCGAACAAGCCGCGAAGGAGAAGUUCUGGCUCGUCGACACCAAGGGUCUCGUGACCAACGACCGAGGCGACAAGCUAGCGGAUCACAAGAAGUACUUCGCCCGCAACGACAACGCCGGCCACCAGUUCCGCACUCUCGAGGAGGUCAUCGAGUACGUCCGACCAUCCGCUCUCGUCGGUCUAACCGCUACUUUCGGCGUCUUCACCGAGUCCGUUGUUCGCGCGCUCAAGGCCUCUGUCGACGCCGGUGGGUCUGGCCGCCGACCUAUCCUCUUCCCUCUCAGCAACCCCCUCACCAAAGCCGAGUGCACCUUCGAGCAGGCUGUCCAGUGGACAGACGGCACCGUGAUCUUCGCAUCCGGGUCUCCCUUCUCGCCAUUCGCCGUCAAGGCAGGCGACCACGCCGUAACCUACUGGCCCAACCAGGGUAACAACGUGUACGUGUUCCCCGGUCUCGGUCUCGGCGCCAUCCUCUGCAAGGCAUCCAAGAUCACCGACGAGAUGGUAUACACCUCCGCGUCCUCGCUCGCCGAGUCCCUGAACGCCGAGGAGGUGCACAAGGGCCUGAUUUACCCGCGCAUCGAGCGCGUCCGAGACGCCAGCGUCGUCGUCGCUCGGGAAGUAAUGAAGGCGGCCCGCCGCGAAGGCGUGUCUACUUUGUCUGAAGAACAGUGGGUUGAGUGGGAAGAAUGGGGCGAUGUGGCCCUGACGAAGUUCAUCAAGGACAACAUCUACAACCCCCUCACCAAGUAA